ACGGGCGUCGAUGGAUCUUGACAAGUUGCAUUUCUAGCGACUUCGAUUUAUGAUAAAAAGAAGUGUCCCUUUUUUACUUUUGACUGAGUCAUAUCUAGGGGUUUCAUAGCAUAUAACGGAAACCCAUAUUCAUUCAUUUUUUCAUCCUUUCUGUUUUCUCAUUUUUGAUUCCAAAGCCUGUCACCGCUUUACUUUGCGAUCCCUUAAACUCACUGCAGUUGUCUACCCUUGAGUUCUCUGACCUUGUACACUUUUAAAUCUGCCCCCUUCAAUACUCUGCUCGAGGGUUUACAAGAAUCACCAAUAAUACUCCCUGGUCUCAGGUCGGGUAUUAGAUCCUGGCCACCUUCACUGUUCAACCUUGAAGAGAUCUCGCUUGUUCAAGGCCUCAGAUGUUCAGUAUGGCUCCCUCGAGGGUAAAAUCCUUGUCGCUCAUGAUCGCCUUCGUCCUGGGUAUCGUUCUCUGCAUCUUCGCAGCACCAACACUCGCCUCAGCUUCAGCUGCAGCCUCACAGCCAUCUCCCGAGGCAGACGUGCAACUCAUCUGCCACACAGAUAACCCCAAAGACUGUUACCCAAAGGUGUUUCAACCAACAGACGAGUUCCAGGUCGUCCACGAUGAUCAGGAACUUCCUCACGGACUUCAUGUCCGCCUGAAUAUGUCCAACGGCAAGAAGGAGGCCAAGAUAAAUGUCCCCGAUGAAGGAAACCCUGCACUCGAAGGCCUCCCGGUUGACCAGGCUGUUGUUGUCGUCGAUCAGCAGCAACAGGAGGAUUCCCAAAUUCCCAAGGGUGCCCCAGCUUAUGAACCUAUUGGUAAAAUCAAGGAGCCCGAGGGCGAGGAUUUUGUCGGCAAGCCCUUCUUCACCGCCAUGAGGAUGUUGAAGGCAGGCGAAACGGGCCAGGGCAAUGAGCUUGAUGAUGCGCUAGAGGGAAUGGAAGAACUGUCACAUGAUAUUUACUACGGUCUCAAGGUCACCGAAGACCCGGCGGUGUUGAAGGCUCUCUUCUGCAUGAUGGCAGAUUCAGAUGUUGCCUACCCUGCUAAUAUCACUCCUCGGGAUCAUCAAGCAGCUGCCAUCCUCGGGGCCGCGCUGCAGAACAAUGCUGCGGCCUUGAAAGAGAUCACCAAGCAGUGGCCUAGUCUCAUGGAGGGUCAGUGUCCUAGCAACAGUAAGUCUCUAAAGGAAUCUUUCUAUACACCUCUUGUGCCUGCUCAUGUCCCAUCGUCGCUCAACACCAAGACGUUGGCCUCCACAGCGAAAGCCAAGGUUGGAGCUAUCAAUGGCCUCAUCAAGAGCGAUGCCAUCCGAGAGGAAUUCCUCAAGAACGACGGCAUGAAGCUGUUGCUCGAGGUGCUCGUGCCCGAAGGCAAGGAAUGGGAUACUACACAGCGCAAGGUCGGCCAGUUGGUUCUUGAUACUUUCUUGGAUGAAGAUAUGGGCGCAAAGCUCGGUCAGUGGCCUCGCACGGAGCGAGACAGCGACGCAAAAUGCCGAGUAUUUGAGACAAGUACCGGAGAGGGGUGCUGGGACUACCAUGUCGCGAGGAUCCUAAAGGAGAACAAGAGAGACAGCGGACAUUGGAGCCGGGAUCUACAUGAUCGGCUUGCGGCAUUGAGGAAGAGCGGAAAGGUGCCUCCUCGGAUUGAAUUGUAGCAUAGGUAGGUAGGCAGGUAGCGAGCGUAGCAUCUGCCAAGCGAGAUUAUUAUAGGCAGAGCAAUAGAGCAACUACACAAUUCAAGCUGUAAAAAAUCGAGUAUUGCGGC